GGUUAGCAUGGGCGCCGAUCUUCUUGCUGCGGGGGCCUCUCUCUCUCGCUCUCCACGAUCUUGUGCGCGUGCAGGCAGGGGCUUGGCUCGGCGGUUUUGGCAUUCGUGGUUCGUGUCCGUCUGUCUGCGUCUUGCCGCUGUCCAACCAACCAACCCCCUCUCCAGUCCGGCGACUGUCUGACUGCGACGGAGAACAUUGACCGCCCCCACCACUCUCACAAACAAACUCUCUCCCAGGUACUGUACGUAGAAAGAACAGGAAGAGAGCGCCCUCCAGUCGGUCUCAACCCCUCUUCCACACCACCCAGACCCCCCACACCACACACACUCUCAAAACAUGGCCGACCACCAAUCCUCAGCAUUCCCAGACGUCUCUUCCUUACCCAACAGAGACCUCUAUGCCGUGCUCGAGGUGGAUAGGACUGCGGACGAGGAUACUAUUCGGAGGGCAUACCGGCGCAAAGCGUUGAAAUGCCAUCCCGAUAAGGUGGGCAAUACGCCCGAGAACGUUGACCGGUUCCAACUGGUGCAGAAGGCCUACGAUGUGCUCAGCGACCCUAAAAAGCGCCAGGUAUUCGACAAAUACGGCGAACGUGGCGUCGCCAUGAUGGACUCCAUGGGCAACGUCUUCCCCUUCGUCGACCCCGAAUUCCUCCUCGCAGUCAACACCUUCUUUAUCCUUGGCUCCCUCCUCGCCGCACUCCUCAUCAUCUUCCCCGCCCUCAUCUCCGUUCGGGCCGACGGCAGAGUGUCAUGGAAAUGGAGCGUGGUCUCAAUACCCCUGUUCAUCCUCGACGCGUGUCUUCUGUUGGUGUUAUGGCGUCUCCGCGCAUCAGCGGAACCUGACGCGGCGGUACAUCACGCCGAGAUGAACGAGGGGGAGACGUUCCAGGAGCGAGAUCGGAGAGAAAAGCGGAAACGAAUGAAAGCGUCCGGCAGUGCGUUUGUCAAAUGGCUGCUGUUCCUGCUGUUACAAAUCUUCAUCAUCGUCCGGCUGGACGACACAGUGGACUGGAACUGGGGCAUCGUAUUCGCGCCAUGGUUCAUCCUCGAAGCCGUCUCUUUCAUCGACCACAUCGCGUACGUCAACCGCCAGAUCCGCGAAGGUGCCUCGGACCAUAUGAUGGACCCGGACGCCGAGACGGGCGAGAUCGCAAAUAGAAAAUACUCCACGGAAGAAAAAGCCGUGCUGGUCUUUGACGAGUUCAGAGGCUGGACGCUGCGGAUCAUCCAACUCGCUGUCCUGAUCCCUAAAUUCAACGGGACAACCGACGCAUCGUGGGGGUUGCUGUUCCUCCCCACGUGGCUCUGGAUCGUCGUGGAAGCGUUGUCGAUCACCCUCGGCGUGGUCGUGAUCAAACGCGCGGCACGCAGAGCCGGCCGCUCCCAGAUCCCUGAACUCGCCACCAUCGUCACGUUCCGCAUCGUGCUCGCCUCCCUCAUUGCCCUCUUCCUCUAUCUCUUCACCGGCCUGCUAGUCAAGCGACUCCAAAACGGCGGCGUACCCUCCCCAUCGACGGCGGUGAUUCUCAUCCCGGUGUUUAUUAUCGCCAGUUUUGUGUUUUGCUGUUGUUGCUGCUGUGGGCCGUGUGUCGUGGGGUGUAUCAAGAUGGACUUUGAGGCGCAGUUUGAGAAGGAGGGGGACGGGCAGAUUAGCUUGACGAAUCGGAGGAUUACGUAUAAUGCGACCGAUGCACCGUCGUCGUCGUCGUCGCGGUAGGUUGAAAGGGAACGUGUCCUCAAAGCGUUGCAUUCCACAUACAUAUAAGGCGGCCUCGCAUACACACAUAAUCUUGUGCCUUUCCCGCUUUCUUCUUCCCACUCCGGAAGUGUAUAUAUUGCAUAUAUUUGGGUUUGCGGAGGAGCUUCUCUUGUUUGGGUUGGCAAACGGCAAUUAAACUAGAU